UAUUAAUGAAAAAGUACUAGUUCCACUUAUAAGGCAUUUUUGCCAUGUUAUAAGUGAAAUAAUCUGCCAGUAGUAAUUAAAAGUUCUUUGUCUAAAGAGCAAGUGAUGGAAAUAACGGCAUACUACUUUAAAACAAAGAUGCAUUUCAAUGAAUAAAACUAUAACAGAGUUGAAAAAAUGCACUACCAGCCCAAAAUAAAUUAAAAUAAUCUUUCACACUUCUGAGUUAAUAAUUAGGACAAUGAUAUAUUGUUUGCAACUUAUAUAGCUCAUUUAAUGCAUAUGUCCAUUAAAGUUUGUUUUAAUUUUUGAGAAAAGGUUUAUCCAAGAUUUGUUUCUUCUUCCUGCUCUCUGUUUGCGAAUUAAUGAUGAAAUUUGUUAAAUGAAGCGAAACGUUUUAUUUAGGUCUGGACAAUAACUCAGUAACAACAUAUGUACCCAUGAUUAAUAUCAACAGAUGAUAUAUCUGGAAGGAUAUUCAGGAUAUAGAAAAUUCACUGAACUCUAAUCCAGAACCGCACAGCAUUCUGGGAAAUGUAGGCAGAGGAAAGACUUGAGCUUCUCAACCUCCCAAAGCCAGAUAAGUUAGUGGGACCAACUAACUCACUCAUUCUUUGGUUGCCUAGCAAAGACCUGUGGAGUAACUGAGGCAGCAGCAGUUUAAGGUUCCGCCAUUUUGCCUCAUAACUGCUUAAAAAAAAGCAACACCGUGGAGAGAAAGCUGUGGUUAAACAGGAAAGGUCACCUCAGACAUUUAAAACAAAAAAUAUUCAAUAAUUGAUACUGGAUAUGAAACACUUUUAUGUUUUCAGCCAUAUUGUUCAGCCCUAAUUUUAUUACAUAACUCAAAUCCUAAUCCAAGAGAAGGUUAGCAGUAGCGGUGAUCCAUCUGUUUCUAACAGUAACGAUAAAAAGCAAGUAAAUGUCUCUGCCAACCUCCAGUAAUCAGACUGUCGUGUUGUUCUUCUGUCAGUAUUCGUUGAAUCAUGUUUAUUUUCAGCUCUGCUGCAGAAGGACAGCCCAGGCUGUGAACUCACUGGUCCUCUUUGUGUCCUCGCAGAAAGAAGGCUUUAUUUCCUGCUAAUAUCUUUCCUAAGGGGUCAGACUGUUGUCACUGGGUUACAGUGAAUAUAUACACAGAGCAGAUCAUUUAGGGCAGAAUUCGUCCUCUUUUGGGAUUCACCUGGCUGGAUUUGAGCUUGUCUCUGAUUAUGUAAUGUACUUAUUUUGCUGCCUGCUGCAGUUAUUACAGACUGGCUGUGAGGGCUCCCAGCAUCCCAUUAGCAACAGCACAGACGACCUCGGAUUUGCUUUUUCACCCCAAAUGUCUCUCACUCCGAGUCGGAAGUCAUCCUCCAUUCAGCGCAGGCGCUCUGUUGGAACGAGUGGCGGGAGCAGGGGAUGUUCCCAUAGCGACACGUCCAGCACUUACACCUAUCCCGGCCGGACGAGGGGUUCUGAUGGCAGCCCCACAGCCCGGACCAAUCCAAGCACGCCCAGGCGCCAGACGAAGCACACGGCCUGCAUCAACAACCAUGGGAUCAAAGUCCCGGCGCCGGAGCAGUACCUGACCCCACUGCAGCAGAAGGAGGUCUGCAUCCGACACCUGAGGGCCCGGCUGAGGGAGAACGUGGAGCGACUGCAGCACAGGGACUAUGAAAUAGAAGAGUUGAGGACCCAGCUGAACAAGAUGCAGGAAGACUGGAUAAAGGAGGAGUGUCACCGCCUGGAGGCCCAGUUAGCUCUGAAGGAGGCCCGUAAGGAGAUCCAGCACCUGCACGAAGUGGUGGAGUCGGUCAAAUCCAACAUCGGCGUCCAUGACCAAGACCCUCACGAUUAUAAGCCAUACUCAGGGCUGCAGGCAGUUCGGCCUGGAGGAAAGUCCAGGUCUUGUGGUUGUUCCCCCGCCAGCACCUUGACCCGCUGUUCCACCUUGACCCGCCGGAGCAGCGAGGCUCUGCAAAUGGACCGCAACCCUCCAGAACCAAGCGGGGCACCUCGCUCCGCGGAACAAACCCACCUGCUGUUGGAGGCGGCGCGCUUGUCUGAGCAGCUGCCACACCAGGCUCACCACCUCCGGCCCGGACCGGCUGUCUCCCGCUCGGCCACCUGUGAGCGUCUGUGCAGCGGCGGCGCCGUGCUGCCCAUGUCCCACUCCUGCCACUCCCUCAGCAGCAGCUGCAGGUGUGGUGGACAUGCCUACCUCCCGCAUCAUCCCCUGUUCCUUCACUUACCUCAAGAAGAGCCGCCACUUUCAGCAGCAGCAGCAACACCACCCACCGUCCCGGUCCCAGUCCCGGUCCCGGAGAAGAAACCGGAGGUCCGGUCUCAGGGCUGCAGCCCCACCAUGACCUGGCUGAGCAAGGAGAGCAGCACCGAACAGCUGAGCGUCAUUUCCACAGGGAAACCAGAGGUCACCCUUUCGGAUCCAUGGUCAGUGUCAACAUCUUUACCUCUGCUGUCCCGUCCAGAUCUCCCUCUUGCUGCUGCUGACGAACCUGAGGACAUCAGAAAGGUGCUGGCAGGGCCCCACACCCACCAACCCAAGCCAGUAGAGCAACUUCCUGUUAGACAGGAAGCUACUGUACUGGAGUUUGACGAGGACGAAGCAGAGGGAAGUGAGGACAGGCGACCCCCUGAGUUGUCACACUGGAGCCGCUACUUCCUGGUAGACCUUCUGGCUCUGGCGAUGCCGGUGGUUCCCACUAUGGCGUGGCUGUGCCGGGGGGCACCACAGGAAGUCAUGCCCGCCUACCACAUUGGCUCCCUGCUGAGAGGCUGCUGUGCUGUGGCCCUCCACUCGCUUCGGCGGCAGGGCGCAGGCCGGGACAGGCCGACCGCUGGCAUGAACGGGACAACUUCAGUCUGACUCUUCAAGCCCACUUCUAGAUUAACGGGGAUCUAUUAUGCCAAAUUAACAUUUUCAUGCCUCCAUUUGGGUCUCAACUGCUUCUAAGAACAACCCAAGCAAUU